AUGGGUGCAUACAAAUAUAUGCAAGAAAUUUGGCGCAAGAAGCAGUCCGAUGCUUUGCGCUAUCUUCUUCGCAUCCGGACCUGGCACUACAGACAAUUGUCGGCAGUCCACCGUGUGACUCGUCCGACUCGUCCAGAGAAGGCCCGUCGCUUGGGAUACAGAGCCAAGCAAGGUUACGUUAUCUACCGCGUCCGUGUCCGUAGAGGAAACCGCAAGCGCCCAGUCACCAAGGGACAGACCUACGGAAAGCCAAAGACCCAUGGAGUUAACGAGCUCAAGAAUGCCCGCUCCAAGCAGGCUGUUGCUGAGGGUCGCGCUGGACGUCGUCUCGGAUCCCUCCGAGUUCUCAACUCUUACUGGGUUGGAGAAGAUUCGACAUACAAGUUCUACGAGGUCAUCCUCAUCGAUCCAUUCCACAAGGCUAUCCGCAGAAACCCAGAUACCCAAUGGAUCACCAAGCCAGUCCACAAGCACCGUGAACAGAGAGGCCUCACCUCCGCUGGACGCAAGUCCCGUGGACUUGGAAAAGGAUGGCGCUACUCUGCAACUCGUGGAGGAUCCCAAGCCAAGAACUGGAAGAGAAAGAACACCGUCGUUUUCCACCGCAAGCGAUAA